GUCAAAGGAGCUUUGCCCUCCGAGGCUUACCCUCUCACUUGGCUGUGCCGGUCUGCUAGCGCGUGUAAAAAUGCCGUUCAAGCGCUACGUUGAGAUUGGCCGUGUGGCCCUCAUCAACUACGGCCCCGAGUGCGGCCAGCUGGUCGUCAUCACCGAUGUGAUUGACCAGAACAGGGCUCUGGUGGACUUCCCUGACCAGGAGCGUCGCGUGGUGAACUUCAAGCGCCUGGCUCUUACGGACUACAAGGUGGACAUCAAGCGCCACGCCCCGAAGAAGGACCUGAAGAAGGCCCUUGCCGAUGCCGAUGUGGUUGCCAAGUUCCAGGCCUCCUCCUGGGGCCAGAAGCUGGCCAAGCAGUCUGCCAAGGCUGACAUGACCGACUUCGACCGCUACAAGGCCGCCGUCGCCAAGGCCAAGAAGGCCCGCGCUGUGCGCAAGGUCUUCAACAGCCUCAAGAAGUCCGCCAAGUAAACACGACGUCUGUAACGCUGUGAUGUGAGAGACAAUCAUGGUUUUACGGAUCACGUGUUUAUGCACACAGCGGAUAUGGCGUUGCAGCAGCAGUGGAGCACAGCAGGGGCAGCAGAGGCUCACAGUGGAGGCAUAUGUAUGCCUGUGACGAGGGGUGGAUAUGGCCGCAGAAGGCGUUUUGCUGCGGCGAAAGCGCGGUGAAGGGGCUCCGCGCAGCAGCACGUCUGGGGCUUUUGGCGAGCGGGGAGUGUUGCUGUGGUUGUUUCGCCCAACCAUGUGUAACGCGAACCAAAAGA